AUGAAAAUCAUCGCCCUCAUAUUUUUUAUGAAUUGCGUGAUUGGUAUGUCUUGUACUUUGCAGGCUUUCAUGAAACAAACAAGAUAGAAGAGGCAAAUUUUAAAAUAAGAUAUGCAUUACAAAUAACCUGGGAUGGGUGUGAUGGAUUAAGGACUUAAAAUUGACCAGAAUAGGCCGCUUCCAAGUUAAUAUACAAGUCGAAUUAUAGUGCGUCUAGUGUUUAACUAUCAAUGUAUAGAAUUACUUUUAUCUGCUGCACAUCCUUGCAUCCUAAGAAUUAUGAGAAAACUUCUAGAAUGAAGGAUUCGUUCAGUUUAUUUUCACACAUAAAUAACACAAACAUUUGCAAUAUUAUUUGUAGUAAAUUGCAUAUUAACAGGCAGAAUUUCCUUGUUUGUCUGUAGGUUUUGCGCAAGAAGAGGAUCUGCCAUUAUCAGACGGACUUGAAGAUAACGUUGUCACCUCAUUGGACUCAUGCACAUGGGUGCGCGUGAGCCUUCCAGAGCAGCUUACGGUAGGGCAUUCAUAAACAUAUGUCCUAUAUUAAUCGUUAGUACCUGAAAGUGUGUGUUUAUACUUUUUCGAGAAAAGUUUUAAUAAUCAACCAUAACCGCCCUUUACGUUUACAAUGCAUACUUUUAAAUUAUCAGGUAGCGCAAAUUAUGAAAGCGUUUUUCUCACAUUGGUUCUCAGUAAAUGUGACUAAUUAUAGAAACUGCUAUAUCUAUUUUAAGGACAUCUCCAAACUUCAGAUGAUUUUGCUAGAUUAUGCACCAAGGGACUGUUGACGUUGUUUUGCUCUGCUACAUUUCUUGGGCAGUGAAUUCGAUCAGUAUUUGCCAUCGAUGGAAUAAUAUACUUUAUUUCUAGGACAUACACUUGAAUAACCUUCAUCUUCCCUGCAAUAAUUUGUCGUGCGAGGCCACAGUCAACGAAUCAAUUAAAGUUAACUAUUCUCAGAAAUACGGUAUGCAGUUUGUUUUAUAAUUAUGUUUACUUCUUACCUUAACCAAAAUAUGAUAUUUAUCGUUUUAUAAUUUACGAAAUGAGAACGAACGUUUAAAGGAAACCGAAUAAGACAUAUCGCACGAAUCUGGUCGAAACGAAAGCCAGUUAUAAAUGCAACGAGAAGCACAACAUGCUGGCCAAAAGAGAAUCGGUAAUAUUUACAGAGAAUUGGCUCGAAAUCAUAGUAAGGCGAUUUUGACCACGUGAUUCAGUUAAUUUCCGAAAUCAACGUUUUAUUGCCAAAACCUCCAAUUAACGCAAGCAGGCAGCUGCCAUCGCGUUUGGGUGGAUCUUACAUAUCAGUAUCUGAUGGCUCGCAGGAGCAUUUUGAGUAGGACAAUUUAAUAAAAUGGUUACUGUCCUUAAGCGUCCGUCCUUGUAUUAGUCGGUGAAACGUUAUUACAAAUGGUUUUGCCCUCACCAGUACAUGAAUCCCAUAAGCAAACGUUUGUUAUUUGUCUGGGUGAGUUGAUAGUUGUAAUGCACAGGUGAAAAAACCUUUGUGGGUGAGCGUUUGUCCAAACUGGAUGUGAUAUCGUCGAUUCCUAAAGACGUUUCCUCUCUGUUUUAUACCAAACAUACUUACCGGUCAUUUUGAAACUAACAUUUGGGCUAAUUUUUUUUCAGGGGUGGUCACACAAAAGAUUAAUCUUCCUGGUAUAAUUAUACAAACGCAGCUUUGGGUGUACCCUUUUUAAAACUUUCCGUAAUACUAAGGAAAGCCUCCUCUCAUAACGGAACCUAUGCGUAAGAGCAUCCAAUAAACCUAACCUAUGAUUUCAUUUGUUCACAGAAGGAAAAUAAACUCAUCGACUUAGCUUGUUCAUGGCACUGAGCAACAGCUAGCAAUGUCUCAUAUAUACAAGUCUUGUAUACUAAAUACCACCUACUACGGAUGCUCCGAUAUGCGUCGUCAAUUAUUUCGGCAUGAAAUUGUCCACAAAGUCUUGCCUGCAGAAGCACUAUCAAACAGUUCAUUUAAAUGGCAUUGGCCGUAGUUUGUAAAUGUCUGACGUAUCUCGGUGUCCGCUUUGUCUCAGACGAAGAUUCAGACGUUUUCCCAAGCACCAUGUUGAUAGCCUCACGAAAGAACAGAGGUGUAUAGAGAUCGCAAGCCCACCAAAAGCAUUCUCUUAUAAGUCAACCAUUCCUCAGAAAUCCAUAGUAAUUUCAGUGGUAAACCAAUUAUAUGCGUGUCCACCAACGCCAAAAUGUAGGCAUGACUUUGGAUAUGGCAAUUCUCAUGAAUCUAGUAGCAUAUUUUCGGAUGGUUAGCACUUUUUGUCACGCCACUCUACAGCUCUCUGUUCCUUCUUAGCAUCGGGUUUACGGCAAUAUUUCCUUAAAUCGUAAACAGUGACUGCAUACUGUUUGAACCAUUAUGGUUUAACAUGAUUUCAGAUAGACUUCAUUUAAACUCCUUAAUUUAAAUAGCAGAUGUAAUUUCGCGAAGCAUUCGCGCAUACAUCAUUGCACAGUCAGUGUAUGGAGCUGCUUAUCAGAGGGCGUUUGCCAAUUAGUUCAAUUAGAAUUAGUUUUAUAUACUACACACGCCUGAGAAGCAAGCUGAUAGACUAAAACGUGCGAUCAACAAUGUAUUUUUCUUGGGAAAUCUUUCGAUUUUGUCAACGUUUAGAUGGAAGAAACUAUGAAGUGGAAGCUCAGAUCUGUAAACCCGAGGAAUACUUUCGAAUCGGAUGGCAGGUAGAGAAGUUUAAUCGUUCGGGGCGAACAACACUCCUCACACAAUUCAUUGUACCCAAGAACAACUGGUCAGUAAACAAUAUAAGUAAGUGCUAUUUUGAUAAUGUGGAAAAUAAAUCAUUCCUUCCCCAAAGUCUGUUACGCAAGGAGUGUUUCCUGUUUUAGGUUGUAUUCAACCGCAAUAUUCUUUACCACUGAUUCGAACUAUCAAUGAAAGUUCCCAAACAUUAGUAACAUGCGCAAUUCGGAAAUCAUUGUGCAAUUCAAAAGAAAGCGUGAGCUCCAGUUAAUGAUCUUUGCAUUUGACAACGAAUUAAAAAGAAAUAUUCAUAUGAGUUUUUGUGUUCCAGGUUAACAUAUUCGAUUUGAAUGGAGUCUUCUGUUCAUACAACGAGACCAUAAAAACAUGUGGUAAAUGAUUUAUCAGUGGACUGGUUUACUAUAUUUUACAAAUAAAUCCAUUUACUGAUCGCCUGUAGUAGGCAGAGCGUAGGUAACACUCGGAAUUAUCUUUCAGUCAAAACACACGAGGACAACGAUACCGUCACAUAUACUACAACGGUGCAUAACAGGGCUCCAAACAAAUAUUUUCCUGAUCAGUAUAUCUUCUGCAAUACACUGGACAGCUACAUUUCACUAAAGAUCACCUGGAACGCAAGUAAAAUUUGCUGUUCUGUUCUGCCAAAAUUGUGCAAUUAGACGAAAGUUAAAAAUUGACUAUCGUUAAUUGAUGGUGUUGGGAGUUGCGUUUAAUGUAAAACCAGGUCUUGUAUUCCGAAAUACUAAGAAAACGCAAACAUAAUAUAUACCAGACAUCACAAUGAAGAAACUAACGUCACUACCAAAUGAAAUAAAACAAAGUCUGUUUAGUACAUAAUAAAAUCUUUUUCACGAAAUUGACUCCUUGCUGAAGCUAUAGAAGCUGCAUCUAUCUGGCAAACUAGGCUUCUCAUACUAAAUGCCAUGUUUUAUUUUUCGCUUUCCAUAGCCCAACAAAUGACGACCACUGAAGAGCUUGCAACAACACUCGAUAAUGGUAGCUACACAAACGUCACUGUAUAUACUUAAAAAGAUUAGUUGAGUACAACGUUUUUAUAUGGGUGUUAAGGUAAGGACAUGGCACAGGAUUUGCUAAAUAUAUUAGGCUUAAAUUUUGCAAGAAUUCUUUGGAAGCCAAUGAUAGUCAUGCGAGCUUAUAACGUGUUUUGGUGCAAGGCUAUUUGGCUUAACGUUCGCAUUUAAGUCGUUCAGAUUAAAGUGUUAUUAGACAUGUUUAACAAGUUUACAUUCGGCCAAAGCGAACGACUUGUUAAAGAUAGUUAAACAUAUCGAACAUAUGUAGAUGCACCAACGGAAUAUUCGGAAUAUACAAUUACCAAAUUAAUGUAUUAUUAUAGUACAAUAUACGGUACGCAUGUGCUUAUUUCGUAAACCAUGAAGAGCAUAGUUCUUGUCGCCUAGCGCAUGCCUAUUCGUCUUCAUUCAACAAAAGAUUCCUUCCACCGGUAGUUCUGCUUCGAUUUCUUAUUUUACGUUCUUGUGCUUUAAAAAGGAGAGCAAUCGACGAUCAUUGUGGAGACGGAUACAACGACACCAUUGAAUUACGGUAGUCCUAUUCACAAGUGCACUUAUAUAUGCCAAAACGCAUUUACAUAUUAA